AUGUGGGUAACAGUUUACUAUAGGGAUCUCCGCGGCGGUAAUACGGGACUGGCGGUGGUUAUUAUUGACAGCCGACCCAGUCAAGUGGCACCAGAAAGUUCGAGCACUGCCUGUCAUUGGUACCGGCCUGAUGCCUCCAAGACCCCUAUCUACCUGGAAUUCCGUAAUGCUCCUGUUUGGCCUUCACAAAAGUCGACAGCCGGCACCAGACUACCAAAUCGUGGUGAGCUGAUCAAUUACGCAGUCGAGCACUACGCCCGCGGUUCCGUUCUAGUCUUCCUUGAACCCGGUGUUCACGUCCCCUUCGAGUGGGAUACUGCUGUCUUCCAGUGCUUAGAGCAGCCUGGCGUGGGAAUGAGCAGUUUCGCCUAUCGUCUUGUCCUCAGAAACAAGUAUAUGCAAAGAAAACACAUUGGCUGGGCGGUUCGUUGUCACCUGGCCAAUUGGCUGGUCAAUCGACAGGCAACUCGGACGGCAACCGCCUCGGCUGGUAUUCCCACAAACUGGCUCUUGCGUCAUGGCGCAGUUCGUGGAGCCUUUUACGCCAGCCUCGUGACCAUCGCUCGGCUGCUGGGAACUUCGCAGGAUGAACUUUCGGGUGCUCUAGACCUUUCGGAGUCCCGGGCACUUGGUGAGGAUGGGAGUGUCAAUCAGAACAGUCGUCAGCACAAACGUCUUCCGUUGAUUCAACCGGACUACCUCGAUGGGUACUGA